CCUACAUGUGUCACAGACCCGGCACUGGGCUCAGCCCCCCUGUAGUGGUCUCAGAUGAUUUGCUGGUGCUGCAGGUGCCAGCAGGGGUGCUGCUGGAGGGGGACACGAUGACACUGCGCUGUCGGUGCGGCCAUUGGAACCACAUUGUCACCAGGGUGCAAUUUUACCAGGACGAGAAGGAAGUGAGGGGGUUCAUCAACAGGACCGAGCUGUCCCUAUUUCCCCUGCAGCUGCACCACAGUGGCCACUAUAGCUGCGGGGGCUUGGUGGGGUCCUGGCAGUCACGAUCAGCAGCAGUGACAGUGAAAGUGUAUGGUGAGCACUUCCAUGGCUGGAACUCCAGUCUCCUGACACCCCCAAUGACCCUUCCCAGCAGACUCAGAGUCACAGUCCUCACCUCCUCUCUCCUGCCCUGAGC